AUGACAACCCUUGCAGCUGUGAUCCCCCAGGUUCUUGCAGAUGUUCCGUCUCGGUUUCGGGGCCCAGGGGGUGCAGUCGCCGUCUUAAAAGAUGGCGAACUGGUCGGCCAACAGCUUUGGGGAUAUGCGGACCUGCAGGGUCGAAUCCCGAUGGCUUCUGACACGCUGCUGCCCAUCUGCUCCAUCACGAAACAAAUGCUGUGCGGACUAUUGACGGACCUGCAACGUAGCCCAACGCCCGCCAUGAGUGCGCGCGGCGAGGAGCCGGCCAAGCAGCUGUCGGACCAGCUCGGCCAACUGCUCCAUCCCAACCUGCUGCAAGACACUGGCUUGACGCUUCGCCAUCUCUGCAACAACCAGUCAGGCCUUCGCGACUACUGGGCCUUGACCGUCCUCUGGGGCGCAAAGCCCGAGGGCCACUUCUCCGUCGCUGACCACGGCCCCAAGAUGCUGGCCUCGCUGAAGUCUUUCCAUUUCCAGCCUGGGACCGAGUACUCAUACGCGAACACCAAUUUCUUUGUUGUCGCUCGCUGUAUCGAGCGCGUCACAGCGCAGCCGUUGGGCGAACUGCUCGCGCAGCGCAUCUUCGCACCCGCCGGCAUGCAGACGGCGAGGCUGUGCGCACACACUGCGGAGCACCCGCCGCCAUGCGUCGGCUACGAGGGUGACGAGGCGUCGGGGUUCUAUCCCGGUGUCAACUGCAUCGAAUGGGCCGGCGAUGCCGGCAUCGUGGCCUCUCUGGCCGACAUGGUCGCCUACGAGCAGUUUGUGGAUCGCAGCAGCCACAGCCACGAUUCGCAAAGCUGGUAUGGGAUCAAUUCCGAACAGCAGACAUACAACGAUGGCUCACCGGCCGACUACGGGUUCGGGCUGGUCCGAAAACAGGUUGGAGGCGUCCUUACUGUUGGCCACGCCGGCGCGCUGCGUGGAUACCGGCUCUCCCGAUCCUAUGCACCGGAGCCACGAAUUUCCAUUGUGGUCUUACUUAACCAAGAGCAUGGCGAUGCGGUGGGAGUCAGCGAAUACAUCUUGAAACGAAUCAUGGGGGUCCCCGAGGCCAAAGAUGAGAUUGCCAGUCCCGACCCAGACUGGACCGGAACCUAUCUGGACUCCGACACCGGAUUGGCGAUCGUCGUGAGUCCAGGCGGCCCAGGGGAGCUCCUCGUCAAGUACCACGGCAACCCUGAAAAGCUGCGAGUGGUUGAAGCGUGUCGAGCCGAGUCAAAUAGCAUGGUGGCCACUCUGGACGGGUCUUGCCUACAUCUCUAUGUUCCUCAAGACAACCGGACUCUUCAUGCCCAGCGUGUUGCCAGCAGCGGGAAGCCUGCUUCUUCUGACUCUUCCGGGCUUCAAGGUGAUUACCACUGCGCUGAGAUAGGUUCCGUCUUCCGCUGCAGCGGUUCGGGCGACAUGGUAUAUGGCAUGUUCGAUGGCUUUCUGGGCCAUGGACCUGUACACUUGAUGCGUCAACUCGGGGACGAUUUAUGGGCUCUUGCAUGCCCUAGGGCGAUGGAUGCCACGCCGCCGGGGGACUGGACCAUCAUCGUUCGUCGAAAUGACAAGGGAAAGGUGGCCGGGCUGACUAUCGGCUGUUGGCUGGCCAGACGUCUGGAGUUCAUCAAGCAGGAGUGA